AUGUUAAAUGACCGAUUUGUUUAUAUAUAUUUAUAUUUAUAUAUUCUAUUUCCAUCAUUAAUCUAUGGUUAUCACGAUUAUAAUAUAAUUGAUGAAGAAACACGUUUAAUUCGUUUGCUUUUAAAUGAAAAAAAUUAUUUAAAAAAAGUUCGUCCAAUGCAUACAGUUGUUGUUGAUAUUCGUUUUGUAUUUAAUCAAAUUGUAUCAAUGGUUGAAAAAGAACAAAUUAUUGUUACGAAUUGUUUUGUUGAUCAAAAAUGGACAGAUCCUCGACUCGUGUGGAAUCCAUUAGAUUUUAAAAAUGUUACUUGGAUUCGAUUACCAGCAACAUCUGUCUGGUAUCCCGACACAUUUUUAUAUAAUACAGCUGAUAAUGCUGGUUUUCUCCUCCCACAUGAUUCACAAAAUGUAAUUGUAAGUCAUAAUGGUACAAUAUUUUGGCCGUUACCUCUUGCACAAUUACGCACGCGAUGUCGGAUGACUAUUAAACAUUUUCCAUUCGAUGAACAAUCUUGUGAUAUGAUAUUUGGUUCAUGGAGUCAUACAAGUUCAUUAAUACAUUAUAGAUUUUGGGAAAAAGUACCUGAAUUACCACAAUAUACACCAAAUAAUGAAUGGAAAUUAUUAGCUGUUGCACAAUCAAUAAAAACAAUUGAUUAUCCAAAUUGGGUUGAACCUGAUACUUUUUUUGAAAUUAAUUUUACUAUUUUAAUUGUAAGAAAACCUUUACAAGCUAUUUAUAAUACGGUUGUACCAGCAUUAAUGUUAACAACUUUAACACUUGUAUCGUUUUUUAUUCCCUUUGGGCAAGAAAUGCAAAUUGGUAUUAGUAUAAUGUUGGCUUAUUCUGUCUUUAGUUUACGCUUAUCUGAAGAUGUUCCAUCUCAAAGUGAUAGUGUUCAUUUAAUAAGCUUGUAUUUAACUAUCUGUAUGCUCUUCUCCCUAGCAGCUAUGACUUGGUUUGCACUCGCAAAUAAAUUACGUGAAAAAAAACGUUUACCCUAUUGGGUUCGUUGGUUAGCACUUGAUUAUAUCGCACGAAUUGUAUGUGCAAAUAGUAUGCGUCGAAAAGCCGUACGUGCUGCUGCUGUUAAUCAACAACCUAAAACGACUCCUACAACACCAUCGUCACCGAAUGCAGUUGUAUUACAACCAUUAAUAUCAUCGAAUUCAAUGGAUUGUUCUAAUCAUUCCUGUUUCGAACGAGAUUUUUCAUCUAAUCCUGGAAAAUCACCACCAUCACUUCGUCCAUCAACGACAACUCUUCGAUGUGCAAAUGAAACAACGACAACGUCACCUAUAUGGAUUCGUCGACCUAUAUUAACCGCACCUCAACCAGUAGUAUCAAAUGGUCCUGAUAAUAAUAGAAAAAUGAAUUUUUCAUUUCGAAAAUCUAGUAAAACAAAAGAUCCAACAAUAUCAAUAAAUCAAGAAAGUUUAUAUGCUAUAUCUAUUAUCAAUCGAUUAGUUUUCAUGGUAUUUUUAUGCUUUGUUACUGUUCUUAAUAUAUAUACAUGGUUUUUCUAUUCCCGAGCACUUAAAACAAAAUUAUUUGAUAAUCAAACAUUAUGGACAUGUUUUGAUGAAUCUCGUCUUGAAGUCGUCAAUUGUAAUGAAACAAUUUAA